GUUCACAUCAGAAUUGCUUAUCAUUCCUGCGUUGACCUAGAUCUUUUAAUUUUGACUUUAUGCCUGGGCUCUAUAAUGCUUGAGUUAUCCACCAACUUGGUCUGUGGUGUUCCAAAUUGGACGUAGUGCCCUAGUUAAGCCCUUGUCAAUUAAAAAACAAAGAAAAUGACUGAAAUAUUGGAACAUCAUUUCUACUGGAAAGCCAAUUAACAUCCAUUCCUCAAAUACUUGAUCACCAUCAGCCCUGGCAUGGCGCAGAGCAGUCCACAGCUUGAUGUCCAGAUACUCCAUGAUCUCCGGCAACUUUUCCCUGAGAUUCCAGAGGGUGUGGUAUCACAAUGCAUGUUGCAGAAUAACAACAACCUGGAAGCUUGCUGCCGAGCCCUUUCACAGGAAAGCAGCAAAUACUUGUAUAUGGAGUACCAGAGCCCAGAUGACAACAGGAUGAAUAGAAAUCGCUUUUUGCACAUUAACCUGGGUGUCCAUCCACCUAGCAACUACCAUACAGGAGAUGGAGCUCAACUUAAUGGUGGUCGAACACUGGUACAUAGUUCAAGUGAUGGUCAUAUUGAUCCUCAGCACACGCCAGGUAAACAGCUGAUAUGUUUAGUUCAGGAACCACACUCGGCCCCAGCUGUUGUGGCUGCUUCUCCUAACUACAACCCAUUUUUUAUGAAUGAACAGAAUAGAAAUGCAGCUACUCCUCCUCCACAGCCACCUCAACAGCCAUCUUCCAUGCCAACAGGAAUGAAUACAUCUGCUAUGCAAGGGCCUUCACCACCACCACCACAGCCACCUCCCUCAUACAUGCACAUACCUCGUUAUAGUACAAAUCCAAUUACUGUUACAGUAUCACAAAACCUCCCCUCUGGACAGACUGUUCCCAGAGCUUUACAAAUUCUUCCACAAAUUCCAAGCAAUCUCUAUGGGCCUCCUGGUUCUAUAUAUAUUAGGCAAACAUCUCAAAGUUCAUCAGGAAGACAGACUCCUCAGAGCACACCCUGGCAGUCCUCACCACAAGGCCCCAUACCACAUUAUAAUCCACGUCCUUUACCUGUUUAUCCACAUCAGCAAAACUACCAGCCUUCUCAGUAUUCUCCCAAACAGCCACAGAUCCCUCAAACUGCUUAUCGAUCACCACCUACUUCUCAGUGUCCUUCACCUUUCGGUUCUCCUCAGCACCAAGUGCAACCUCCUCAGUUGGGUCACCAGAGCUCGCAUGUCUUUAUGCCACCUAGUCCUUCAACUACUCCACCCCAUCUGUAUCAAGCACCUCCAGGCUAUCAGAAACAGGGAGGUCAUUCGGUAUCCUAUCUCCCUUACAGUGCAUCUAGCUUAUCCAAAGGUUCCAUGAAGAAGAUAGAAAUUACAGUUGAGCCCCCACAAAGACCUGGGACAGCAAUUAAUAGAAGUCCUUCACCAAUAAGUAAUCAGCCAUCUCAACGGAACCAACACCCAUUGUAUACAGCCACUACUCCACCUUCAAGUUCUCCUUCAAGAGGAAUGUCUAAUCAACCCAAACCUCCAUUUAGUGUUAAUCCAGUAUAUAUUACAUACACACAACCAACUGGACCUUCAUGUGCUCCUACACCAUCUCCUCGGGUAAUGCCAAACCCAACAACAGUUUUCAAAAUUACAGUAGGUCGAGCAACGACUGAAAAUCUUUUAAAUUUAGUGGACCAAGAAGAGCGUUCUGGAGCACCAGAACCUAUUCAGCCCAUUUCAUUGAUACCAGCACUGGGAGGAGAAAAAGGAAGCCAUAAAUAUCAGAGAAGUUGUAGUUCUGGAUCUGAUGAUUAUGCCUAUACUCAAGCCUUGCUAUUACAUCAGCGAGCAAGGAUGGAGAGGUUAGCAAAACAAUUGAAACUUGAGGAAGACGAGCUAGAGCGGUUGAAGGCUGAAGUUAAUGGUAUGGAGCAUGACCUUAUGCAGAGACGACUUAGAAGAGUUAGCUGUACCACGGCAAUCCCAACUCCUGAGGAAAUGACAAGAUUGAGAAGCAUGAACAGACAACUCCAGAUAAAUGUUGACUGUACACUGAAAGAAGUUGACCUCCUUCAAUCUAGAGGCAAUUUUGAUCCAAAAGCCAUGAAUAAUUUUUAUGACAAUAUACAACCUGGUCCAGUUGUGCCACCAAAGCCAUCAAAAAAAGAGACUUCAGAUCCCUGUACAACAGAAAGAAAAGCCAGAAGAAUCAGUGUGACCUCCAAAGUACAGUUGGACCCCCUUGAUUCCCAGGCCACUACUGCUGAUGAACAUGCACCUCCCAAACAGACUCCAAGGACCCAGCCACAAGAUGAAGACUUUGAAGGGGCUCCGUGGAAUUGUGAGAGUUGCACCUUUCUGAAUCACCCGGCAUUAAAUCGCUGCGAGCAGUGUGAGAUGCCGAGGUACACUUGAAUCAAGAGGAGGCUGUUGAGGCUGAAAGUGAAAUUCUGAGCACCCACAGAGGAAAAGGGAACCUGGCGACUCCUUCAGACCAUCUGAUCAGUGUUUUCCUUUCCAAUUUCCCAAGGGGAAGGAGAUUUGAAAUAGUAUCCACUUGUCUACCACACUAAAGAAAAAAAAUGAGGGGGAUGUUUUUCUUUCUUAACCACAUUGUGUGCUAUGUUGAAGGGAUACUUGAAACCAGGAAAGGAUUCACUCCUCAAAGAAUGUAUACAGGAAAGCCAAGAGCUACUCCUGUUUAAUCCCUAUGGCUAUAUUUACUGCUCAGUGGCCCUUAUUUCUUAAACUUAGAACUUUGAGUCACAGUGCAAACUGUUACAGUAAUCCAGACAAACUGUGACAUGCUAGUGCAGACUUACCUGAUCACAGCGUGCUGGAAAAGAACGCUUCCCUGCUCUGCCAGGUUGUAUCCUGCUGAAAAAGAAGUCAGGAAAAAGCAACCAGAUUAUUUUGUAUGCAGAGUAAUCAGAGGGUGUUUGUAAUUGCUGCUUUCUUCAGGGGUAAUUUCAAUCUCUGCACACACGCACACACACACACACACACACACACACAUAUGUCAGGACAUAGGCAUGAGCCUUAUUUUACUGAAGGUACAAUCAGAGGUGGUAAAAUCCCUUUUGCUUGUACAGCAUUCGUUAAGCUGUAUCAACACUGGUAACUAACAGAGACCUAAUUAUGCCACAUAAUGGAUAAAAAAAAGUUACUGCAUGCUUUUAUUAGGCUGUUGUGUUUUUACAGCUAACAAGUCCCCAUAAAGUCUGCUUUUAUAUGUGACACUCAUCAGACUGUGCUUUGCUAGUAGUACAGUGAAUGGAUGCCAGAUGCAGACCAGUUCCAGAUUCCAUUUGGAAUACUUGAGCUCAGCUGUGGUUAUGUAUGAAAAGUGUUGGCACCCUGUUACCUAGGCCUUUUCUCAGCUUCCAAUUUUGUGAAGAAUUCAUGAUGUUUACAGCACAGACAGUAAUUUGUGCCACAAUCCUGAUUUAGCUGAAAUAUAAUCAAUAUUAGCUAUUAAGGUUUAUUUGCACAUUGUUAAUAAACCAGCGUGUUGGAAAUUGCACAUGGCUAAUUUUGUAAAGUUGUCCAUUGCAUUUUGGGGAAAUAAAGGGAUAAAGGGCUGGUCAGGAAAUGUUACUAGUAGAAUGAUGAAUACAGAGGAUUUUCAAACUAAAUCCAACUAGUAUAGCUAUGAAGUUGAUAUCCUUUAUUCAAAGGUAAUAUUAAUCAUUCAUGAAAUCUAAAUAGCUGUAUUACAGCACUCCAUGUUUAUGAAACCACAGCUUUGGAGUGUGGGUAAAUGAAUGUAAAGUAAAGAUCAUAUAUGAUGGAUUAAGAUAUCACCACUAAUGGAAAAUUAGGUAUAAGGGAUUUUAUUAUUCCACUUUCUUAGUAUAAUUUAAAGAACACAUAUUUUCUCUCCCGCUGAUGCCAUUUUCCUACUUUGCUCAGAUUAGGAUUCUGUAAUUUUUCCUCAUGUUGAUGAAUCAAGACAGCUGUAAAGUUAGUAGGUCUGCCAUUAGUAAAGAGAAACCAGUUGUACUACUCUAUUAGAAAAUUGAUCUCUGGCAGAUCUUGAGAAGCAAGCUGCACUAAUAAAUAUAACAAAACCAAAGGCAUCAAGAGCUCUUAAUAGUUUUCUAUCAAUGACCCAAUCAGAGUCCAUCAAAAUUCUAAUGAUUUCAUCCUCCAGCACAACCUCAAAGGUAUUUUUCUCAUCUGUGGAAGAAUAUCUAAAAUGUGUCAUUUUGUCUCACAGAAUAAGCAUUUUGGUGUGUAAUUGUGGAAUCACACUGAUAAAAAACAUCUCUACCACAACCAUGGCAAAACUGAAAAUAGUGGUGAGAAAGUAGAUGAACAAAAAAAAAAUUAUUGACAAUGCUUUUUCAAAGGGUUCUGUAACACUGGUAUCUGUUAAUCUUGUGUUUUCAGCAGUCAUGUACCAGUCCUACUGUUUCUAUACACCAGUGUCUUUGCCUUCCUGUGGUUUCACAUCUGUUUAUUGAUGGUCAGCCCUUUUUAAAAAUAAUAUUUUAGGGGUAAAAUACUGCUUGGUGUCACUCCAGCUAAAAACUUAACCAUUGAAGUAUGCUGGCAUUUUAGAGUGGCAGCAACCAAAUUGACUCUUAUCAGUUAUUCAGCUGAGAAUGGAAGUAGCAUGUUUGAAAAUAUUUUGAUAUUUUAUUAAGACCCUGUAAAACUGGCUUUUAGGAAAUUCUGCAUGAAAUACAUCAAAGUAAAUAAGUUGUUACCAUACAGUAGAUGCAUGGUUUCUGGUACUGGGUGAUAUUAGUCAAUCAUAGGUUUCACCUGCCAGGGAAAAUGGGAAAAAAAAAGAUGUGCUUGGAUAGUUACUUAGAGUGGAUAUAAGAGAAGUAGAGGUUAAUUUUAAGGAGAUUUUGUGUAUGCUAAUUUUCUGACUCUGUUUAGAUUGUCAUUAUUUUUUUAAAAAGUGAAACUUUGCCACUGAUAGACUAGAUAUGCUUAAAUAUUUAGCGUAUAAAAAAUGUGUGCCUGUGUCCAAUUUAAGCAUUAAGUCACCAAAAUUUAAGAAG